AUGGUCCUGUCCAGGGCUCAUUUCCAACAUGGAGUCAUCGUGGCAGUGGACUCUUGGGCCACUGCUGGCACCUACAUCGCCUCCCAGACUGUGAAGAAGGUGAUAGAGUUCAACCCCUACCUGCUGGGCACCAUGGUUGGAGGUGCAGCUGACUGCAGCUUCAGGGAGCGCUUGCUUUCUGUCUACGAGCUCCGCAACAAGGAGUGCAUCUCUGUGGGAGCCACCUCCAAGCUUCUGGCUAACAUGGUAUAGCAGUACAAAGGCAUGGGCCUCAGCAUGGACACCAUGGUGUGUGGCUGGAACAAGAGAAGGCCAUGGCUGUACUACGUGGACUCAGAGGGGAACCGUGUGUGUGGGGACCUAUUUGCCGUGGGCUCUGGCUCCAUGUAUGCGUAUGGAGUGGUGGACAGCGGGCUGAGACAGGGUAUGUCUGUAGAGGAGGCGUGCGAGUUGGACCGCAGAGCCAUCUACCAGGCCACAUACCGAGACUCCUAUAGCGGAGGACAGGUGAAUCUGAACCAGGAAGACGUAUUGAAGCUGCACCACCAAUACCAGGAACAGAACAUAUAGAGAGGAGAAGGAGGGAUGGAUUCAUUUCACGAACAGUUUGCUGCAGUUCCCACACACAACGUGUUUCAGAAAGCGGGUGCCGUUUUCUAGUGAAGAGGCUGAUGAGUCAAAUCCCUCUCACUCAGUGUAGGAAUAGUCUGCAUCUCUUACAACGUUACAGAUCUACCUUCUAACAAAAACUGGGAAAGCAAAUCUUUUCUCAGUAAACCUUUGAUGUUUUUGUAAACAGGAAAUGUGUUUUUAUUUGAUUUAGGUCCUCUUGUUUUUCCUCCUGUGUUUACUGUAGAUGUGUAUUUUAUUCAUACACACAACACAUUCUCACUUCUGUCAUUUGAUCUUUUUCUUCUUUUCUCCAUCCCUUGAUAUAGCUCCUUUCCCCAUUUUCUGUUGGUAUUUUGUCAUCUGUUGAGAUCCUGAGGUAUUCUGUUCCUCAACCGACAGCUAUAGCUCUAA